AUGUACUUUACUCUCUACUUCCUCGUCACCCGCCUCCCUGACACUCUUCGCUCAGUCAGGGACCACUUUCUCGCCCUAGACCCUACCACCCUCAUUGUCGACGACAUCGAGCAGCAACUCCUAGUGGCGGAGAAGAGCAUUGUCGCUAUAGGUACUGCUCGUGGCACUCCUCGCACUCCCCUCUUUGAGGGGUGCUCCCCCUCCCCUCUUGCCCCCUCCUACGCCUCUGCUGCUGCUGCUGUCGACCUCCUUGGUGCUGAGGAGGUCGAGGCUGCUUCCACUCCUAGUGGGACGCGCCGCGGCGCCAAGGGCAAGGGCGGCAGGGGUGGUGGAGGUGACGGCGGAGGGGGCGGUAGUGGAGGAGGCGGGGGAGGUGGAGGUGGCGGGGGUGGUUGUGGAGGUGGAGGUGGUGGAGGGGGAAGCGGUGGUAGCGGGAGCGGUGGAGGUGGCAGCGGCGGUAGUGGGGGAGGAGGGAGUGGUGGUGGCGGCGGUGGUGGGGGCUGGAAUGGAGCCGGCCAGAAGGGGGGCUCCAGUGGUGACCAGGGGCAGCAGCAGCAGCAGUAG